AAAGACCUUGGGUCCAGGUUGAUGCCCGCCUUCAAAACCCCCUCAAAGAUCCCGUUCUCGGACGUGAACAUCGGGUCGGGGACGGCCCACCCGCCUCGAUGGACGUCAGACAGCACGCUGGCUGAAGUCACCAGCAUCCAGCUGGAGUUCAGGGAGUUGAGCCACGUCACCCAGGACCCCCAGUACCAGGAUGUUGCUAAUGAGAUAAUGAGGCUCGUCCACAAGCUCCCUGGGAAACACGACGGCCUGGUGCCCAUGUUCAUCAACACCAACAGCGGUCAGUUCAGCCACAAAGGCGUCUUUACCCUCGGUGCCAGAGCCGACAGUUACUACGAGUACCUGCUGAAACAAUGGAUCCAGGGAGGAAAGACUGAAGACGACUUGUUGGAGGAUUACCUUCAGGCAGUCGAGGGAGUGAAGAAGCACCUGGUCAGGCAGACGGGACCCAGCAGGUUGACCUUCAUCGGAGAGUUGACCCACAACCGCUUCAGUCCUAAGAUGGACCACCUGGUGUGCUUCCUGCCAGGGACUCUGGCUCUGGGGGUCCAGAACGGGCUCCCGGGGGACCACAUGGACCUGGCGGUGCAGCUGAUGGAGACGUGCCAUCAGAUGUACAAACAGAUGGAGACGGGCCUGAGCCCAGAGAUCGCCCACUUCAGCCUGCAGGCCAGCUACGGGAAGGAUGUUGUCGUCAAGCCGGCCGACCGACACAACCUGCUGAGACCAGAGACUGUGGAGAGUCUGUUUUACAUGUUCAGGUUCACCAAAGACCCCAAAUACAGAGACUGGGGCUGGGAGAUCCUGCAGAGCUUCAAUAAAUACACCAAGGUUCCUGGUGGCGGCUACACCUCCAUCAACAACGUCUGCGACCCGGCGAACCCGGCUCCCCGGGACAAGAUGGAGAGCUUCUUCCUGGGUGAGACCCUGAAAUACUUGUUCCUGCUCUUCUCUGAUGACCUGGAGCUGCUCAGUCUGGACAAGUAUGUCUUCAACACGGAGGCCCACCCCCUCCCCAUAUGGCCUCCUCCACCUAAAUGAAGUUCCAGAACCUUCGGGCCCCACAGAGUCCGGUUCCGUCCAGACUCAGCUGCUGUAGCAGAUCUGUGCUGUAGACUCUGAAUCAACUGGGUUUUCUUAUUUUUCCUAAGGAAAAGGUUUGAGACGGAGCUGGUCUCUGAUGUAGAUAACUUGUACAGUUUGGAUCAGGUGGGCAUUUUGUUACGGGGGGACCGGGUCCAUUCUUCUGUUUUCUGUUUAGGUUUCAGACCAGGUGAAGGAAUUGAGAACUCUACUGAAAUCUGUAGCUAAAUGUUGAUUUAAAAAGUUCACCGUGUGAAAACGACAUAAAACACAAAAUGAAGUCUUUUCAGUUUAAA